GUGUGUUCGUCACCCAAACAGGCCGCAAAGAUUUUACCGCGCUUGGAAUGUUUCCACUCCGUGAAUUUAGCGAAGUGGGCUUUUUCUCUAUCAUUCGGGUUUCUCCCGUUUAGCACAGAUUUGACUGAUCAUCUUUCUUUCUUGUUCCUUGCGAGGGUUUCUCGCCAUGGCGCCUUCCUCUUCUUCUUCCGGUCAUGGCGCUUCCAAGUUCCUUGGCGACCUUCCUUCCCGUGGCUUCUUCUCUUCCACCGUUCCCUCCUCAAAUCCGGGAAGUAUGCGGGUCUACAUCUGUCUUCAUGACACCGCACCCCCAGAGGAUCAAGAAAUCAAGACAAACCAGCAGAAUAUACUAAUUAGAUCUUUAAUGCUUAAAAAUUCCAGCUCAAAGGAUGGAAAAGGAGUAGCUACAGCUGAGUCAUCUCGAAAGAGGGCUGGCGAAAAAAUUUCAGAUAGCAGAGCAAAGAAGGCCGCACAAGUAUGUUCAUCCAAAGGAGCAUCAAACAAUGAAACACCAAGUAAGGAUCUACAGAAUUUGACUGUAGAGAGGCUGCGUGCCCUUCUCAAGGCUAAAGGCCUCUCGCUCAGAGGAAAGAAGGAUGAAUUGAUUGCCCGUUUGAGAAGUGCGGAUGGUUAGACAACUGCUAAAGGAGUGAAACAUCUGUCAGCUGCAAAUCUUCAUCAGUAUAAUUAGGCAAACCCAAUGUGUAGUUAGGAGUAGUUGGGUGUACUUAGAAGUCGAACUAAUGGUGGUUUUUGGAAAACCAAAGCGCUGUUCCAUUGAUAUCUAUAUUCAUUUUGAUGAUGGAACAAAGCGUUCAUAGUUAUAAAUUAUAGAGAUGAAGUAAGGUGUGAUUUUCUCA